GUAAAAGUUUUACGCUGACCAUCACACUAAGCACAACCCCACCUCAAGUUGCCACGUACGUCAAAGCUAUUAAAGUGACAGUUGAUGGUCCACGUGAACCAAGGAGGCAACAGUACCAUCUACGAGCUUUUGCUUCAGCCUUCGGUCAAAGGUCUCCUUUCCUCGAUCCUCGGUUGGUAGAUCCUCUGAGGGAAUGGGAACAUAUGAGGAGAAAAACAGCUGAACAAUGGGCAAUGGAUCUGCCCAUGAGGAUACCAGGGCCUCAUGGCGAUCCAACACAAGCUGGUUUUCCGUUUGGUGGUGAAACACAGUGGAAUCCUCAUGCCGGUCACUAUCCUAACUACCUGGGUCACGGACUUCAGUCAGCAGGUUUUGCACCUUGUCCUCAGGUAGAUGUCACGUCUCACGACUCGGGUCACGCCACGCCUCAAGCCACGCCUACAGGUUUAUUAACUGACCGACAUUCCACAAGCACAACUGCGGCGUUCCAAAACCUCAAUGAUCAGCAAACUUCUCCUGUUUCUCUCAAGGAUUCUUUAUUUGUAACGCGAUAUAACAACGCUGUCGUCGCAGCCUCUGAGCUGUGUCUCACUGACCGCUUGACAGAAUUACGACAUGGACUGUCUGGUAGCAAUUCUGCAUCGUGCAGCACUUAUGCCACUCCUCAUCACUUCAACAACACAUCUCUGGCUUUCUUGGCUGCUGGCACAGCUUCCCACAAUACUAACCUUCCAUAUUUUACCGUCAGUCAUGGUAGCUACAGUUUGUUGUCAACUGGGCAUAGUUACUAUGGUAAUGCGAACCCUUCUAGAGCAUCCAACCCUUCCUUGAUGGCGGCAGCUGCUGCAGCUGGUAUGUAUCUGACACCCCCAAUGGUGACACCCUCCUUAUUGUAUUCUCAGUUUUACUCAUCUCAAAACCAAAUACAAUCUUCAGUACACCUUUUGAAUAAUAAUGGAGAUACAAGAAACUCUGCUACUGAGGAAGAUUCUACAGUUGUCCAGAGAUGUCUAGAUAGCGCCGGACCUUCUAUUUCUAGGGACUCUAGUACUGGUGAUUCCAUUCUUCAAUCGGAAUGCAGCAGCAAUCAUAGUACAAGUGACUCCAGGAGAAAUGUAUCCAAUACUGACUUAAGAGACAGAGAGACAGAUAUCCCUAAUCAAAGGCAGCAUCUUGUACCUUCGGACAGUAACACCAACAGUCGCGCGGAACUUUUUUCCUCUGAAUCUAAUGGACACGUGCAAAGUGAUUCAAAUCUCUGGCGGCCGUAUUAAUUUUUUUCUUAUAUUUUACUGUCCGUCCUUCAUAAACUUUCAUCAAAGGUACUCCGUUUCGCGAUUAUUUAUGCUAAUUUUUAGAAAACAGUGUGUGUCGCCUCACAUCCAGAACCUCUUUUAUCGUACAGUUCACAAUAUGUCAACUUGAAUAUAUUCAAUAGUCAUGUUAUUUAUCAUUUGAAUGUUUGAUUACAAAUCAAAUUAUGUCAACUUGAAUAUAUUCAAUAGUCAUGUUAUUUAUCAUUUGAAUGUUUAAUUUUCUUCGUUUCCGAGCAGAAAUACUACAUAAAGAAAUAAAACUUGAAAAAAUGUAUUUAAAGAAAUAAAACGUGAUAUUUAUGUUCGAUUAUAGUAUAAUGUAUUUAAAAUAAUUCUUUUUCUUAUUCAUAGUUUAAUUCUCAUUAAAACAGUGAGCAAUUAUUAAUUUUAAAUAUUAAUCAAUCUGAUUUCUUCAUUAUAUUAAGAGAGUAUCUUCAUUUCAUCUUUUUCAGCUUUAUUAAAAUCACGUGUGUUAAUUGAUUGAAUAUUAUAUUUUUCCAUUAGAAUCUGCCAAGGUUUUCAGAACAAGAAAGGAAGACUUUGUUUUAUAUUUAUUUAAAAAAAAAAUCAGAAACUUACAAGCAACAAAAAUAUCUUAAAUUUAUCUAUAUAAAAUUUAUUUUCACUCAGCAUAACAUAGCCAUGUAUGCUGAGAUUAACUUGAAAAAAUGUAUUUCUACAAGUCUUAUUUUAAAGAGUAUGUAAUAUAGUGUAUUUAUAAAAUUUAUAUUUAAUUUAUGUUUACCAUAAGUUUAACUGGUUAUUAUUAAGCUUAUGAAUAAAAUUCAAUCAUUUAAAAUAUUUUAAUCAUUAACAUUCUAAUUUAUUCAAAUAUAUGUAAGAUGUUAAAAGUAUCUUUGCUUUCGUUCAAAGUUUUUCUAGCAUAUUCUUUAAGUGCAUUCAAUAUUUAACUUUCUUACCUUCCAUGUGUUUCGAGUUACUAAAACAUUGAUCAAAUAGUCUAUAUAAAAAAUUGCCAAUCUGCAUUUUGUUUCCUACUAAACAUAUAAAUAUUUAUGAUAUUCUUAAUUACUUGAAAUAAUUGUUCAUCGGGAAAUACCGCAUUUACUCGCAUAUCCCCCCCCCUUUUCCCACUAAUUUUCCCGCUUAAAAGCAGUUGGCGGGGAUAAGUGGUGUACACUAUUUGAGAGGAGACGGCUUAAAUGAUAAACAUAGCCCAUAAAAAUGCCGCAUAAACACACGAUAAUGUUAUUAUAAUAUGUAUUUCGAAGGAACUUAUCAAUUUCAAUAAUAUUCGUUUUACUAAUACAAAAUGCAUUUUUGUUUGUACCUAUAUCUUAUAUUAUUACCAUAAAUCAGAAAUUUCUAAAUCAUAUGCGGAAAAUACACGGGGGAGGAAUACACGAGGGGAGAAAUAUGCGAGUAAAUAGGGUAUAUAUUCAAGAAGUCUUCAUUCAUUCUAUCACAAUUCACUAUUAAUUUCAUAUAUAUAUAUAUACAAAACUUCCGAAAGUCUAUUGGAAAAUAUGUAAAUUCAAUAACUGCUUAUUUGUAAUAUAUUGAUCAAAACUGAGUUCUGAUGAACGAAACAAUCAUUCCUGAAUUUCGGAACAUUGUCCUGUAUAUAUGUAUCAAAUUGUAUAAAUGUAAAUAAAGUCUAAAAUUGUCAUAAUUUAA